AGUCUAAACGGAGUCUUUAAGCGAUGUAGUUGAUUGUUAAAUGUCAAAUGUUUUGUGUAACAAAAUUAAACAGAAAAGUCAUUCAGUUUUGAGGAAACAAUUUAUGAUUUUGUUUCUCCUUUUCGAUACGUAUAAUUGAAUGGUGAAUACAUUCUGAGCGAAAUUCUCGUCUAUUGUAUGAAGAAAGAAAAUUAAAAUAAGAAAGAAACGUGUUUUGACCAACACUGAAGUGUUAUUCUUUUCGGGCGAGUGUUACAAAAUGCAUUAAAAAAUUCAUUCCGCAAAUGUGACAUGACGGAACGAAUGUGAAAUGUGCGCUUUUAUACGAAUUUUGUGUCAGUUUUGUGUGUGUGAAAAAGCAAUCUUUGCCUCUAUUAAAUGGAUUAUACCGAAAAGCUCAACGGAUUAAAAGGAUAACGAUCAUUGCAAAAGAUAAAAAAAAACAGUCAAACGAGUCAUUCGUUUUUCUGAAAAACGAUCUUCGAAUAUUCGGCUUUUCAAGUACAUCACCCGUCGUUCAUAAUACACAAAUUUACAUGUGAAAUUACCGGUUAAAACGCAUUCAGAAUAACGAAAUUUUUGAAAUAAAUACAUAAAAUUUGCCUCAAUUGCCAGUGUGAAAUUCGUGUGCUUUUCAAACGUAUGUUUUGUUUGUUAUUUUCACCGAAGUGAUAAUUAAUAUAAAUUUUUUUUUUUCUUCCACCGCAAUUCUGUGCUUGUUGUAAAAUUUACACAUGAAAAGAGAAUGAGAACACACAAGUGUAUUUGAUCAAUUAAUAAUAUGGAAUGAAACGAAUUUCAAAAGUUUUUUUUUUUUUAAAUUUUGAGCUUGGUAAUUAAUAAGUCAAUGUCUUAAUUCUAAUGCCCCCGUUGCAUAAGUGUAAAAAAGUAGUGAAUUAUAAAAAAAAUUAAAAAAGUGAUAUAAUUUGAAGCGAAAAGUUUAAGUGUUGGAUAAAUAAACCGAGGAAGAAUUAAUAUUCUGACACAAGAAGAAAAAGUACAAUCUCAGUAAAAACGGAUUAAUUCUGUGCUGCAGCAACAUUUUUAUUUUUAUGUUAAAUGGGAAGCACAGAUCUUCAGAGAAGGAUUUGAACUACUUUUAACUGAAUUCAAUGGAGGAAACUGACUGUUAUUGGUCUCCAUACAUCAAGAGGAAAAUAAAAGCAUAAAAAUUUUCCGUCGCAAGGUAUGUUGGGAACAACUGGUGGUCGUUUUUUAGGACCAUCUGGGUCGCAUCCUCAUCGAAAUCUAUGGCCAUUGCACUCUGGACGUGGAUUGGAUUUUCAAGCGAAUGGAGAAGUGACGGAAUCCAUAUUUGCAGCAGGUUAUAAUACACCUCCGACAAAUUCGCCAUUUAUGUCAUUAUCACCACUUGAAUUAGUCAGCAAAAAUUUCCAUUCAGGAACGGUAGCUUUUAGCCAAGCGAACAGCAUUUUUGUUCAAUCGCAGACAGACUUUUUGGGUGGAACUGUAGCAACUAAGAAAACGGAAACAUCAUUUGGACGAUGGGAGCACGGAAUAGAACCAUUACAAAUUCAGGUGCCUCCAUUAACAUCAAUUGCAAGUGUACCCAUUAAAUCUGAUCGCAAGACUUCCACCAGUGCCCUAUGCGGCAAAACCGAUGGAAUCCAUCACAAUUCAAAUUGCAAUUCUUCAACCAAUCUGUCAAACCAUUCUCGUCACACCGACAUUUUAACGAAUAAAAUUCGAACGAAUGAUAUAAGCUCUGGCUGCAGUCGUACCAUUCCAAUUUCAUGGACAUCUGCCGCAUCAUCUUCAACAAAUAAUAUUGUGGAUAGUCGAAAUAUUGGUUGUUCUCUGUUACAGAUAAAACGGGAACCUUGUCAGGUAUCCGAGAUAACCACAUCAAAUAACCUUGGACCCACACCGCUAACAGCUGUGAUUAAAUUAGAAUCACAUUCGCCGAAACGCACAAUGGACAACAUGCAAAAUGCAGCACAAAGUGGUAUACCUGUGGGUAUUGCAGUUGCACGACAGCGUUUACAAGAACAUGCCCAACAACAACAUCAGCCGAAAGAAAUAAAUCGUUUUGGUAUUGGGAUUGCGACUGAUUUAGGCGGCGCAACAUCAGCAUUCAGUCAAAACAUGUUCUUCACAGGAACUAAUUCAGCCAUGAUUCCCUUUUCUUCAGAGGCCGUAACAAUGGGUGUAUCGAAUGUUCAAAAUGCUGUCAGGACGCCACCUACAUUGUGGCAAUAUCCGACAUCACUUCCUGUUGAAUCAAUGGUUCCAAUGCCAAUUCCACCUGUAGGAUUUCAAUUGGUACGUGAUCCAUCAUCGGGACAGUUUAUGUUUCUACCGACAGCAACAUCUCUGGAUAAAUUGUAUAUCUCUUAUCCAGAACCUUUUCAACAAGCUGUUGUAUGGCCCUCCUAUCAGCAACAGUUGCAAACUCCUCACUUGUUAAUGCCUCCGAUGGCUCCGCUCUCCCAGCAAAUGCAACCGCCUCCAUUAGCACCCAUCCAAUUAUUGGGUACAGAUUACUUAGGUGGUGCUACAUUACAUCAGCACACCCAAACACACAGCACCCGAUUGGUAGCGCUUACUUCGGACAAUAAAAGAAAGUCUGCCAUGUCCAAUCAACUUCCAAUACCAGCAACGUUAAUCAAAAUCGAAGAUUGUAGUAGUGCUUCCAAUGGCAAUACCACAACAUCCGCCCAUCAUCAACAAUCUCAUAUGUUCGAUCCAUGCAAGUCAACAUCCAUACAAACGAUAGCAACGUCUGUACAGACCAGCAUGACACCGGAACUAGAAGCUCACCAUCAAAUGUAUUAUCAGUCGGAAGGGAGCCUGAUUCAAAUUGCUUCGCAUAAUAAUCCGUGUGGAAGCAUGAUUGAUGACAUUGAGACUCGUUCGUUUUCGCCUCUGUCAGACCGGAGAGAUAUGAGUCCCGUUAAUGAUCAUUUGGAAAGUAGCACGCCAUCAGUACCAGAAGUUCAAGAUGCUCAUAUCCAAACCGAUACACCAGUUAUGAGUGAGGACGACACAACCGGUGAAGAUUAUUGCACAUUUCCGUCAAACGCUAGUCCCACAAAUGAUUCAUCUGCUAUUACUACAUCCGUUGCGUUCAACGACAUGUGCCAUAAUGUGUCCAGUCUAUCCGAAGUCGAUACAUCUCACCCACUUAAUCAACAAGACCUGAAUAGCACUAAAACAACCGAAACCAGUUUCGAUAGCAACACGACCGUCACAUCGUCCAUAGUCAUUGAGGAAAUUUCUAUCCGUCAGCCAGAUCCGAUAGUUUUAUCAUCCUAUGAAUCAUCCGAAUCAAUCGAUACGGAUCAUCAGCCUAUCAAUAAUUUUCCACAGAAAUUGCAUGCGCCUGACUUGAGUGGAUUGGAACUACUAUCCAAUAGCAUCGAAGCAUUCGAAAAGAAAACGUUCAUUAAACAAGAGCCUAUCGAAAAGGCUGAUAUGGUGUACAACGUCGACACUUCGCUUACACAAACUGAACCCAUCGAUUGCUCUAUGCAACCCAAAGAGUACAUUCCAAGUAACGUAACGGAACCACUGGGCGGCUUGAAUCUGUUGUGUGCUUUAGCUGAGCAACGGUUUCAGGAAGAGGUGGGUCAGCGCAGUCGAAAACGGUCCACAUCCACAGACGGAUCGGAGUCGAAGCGUCAUAAGAAGCAUCAUAAAGAUAAGCAAUCGAGCAAGAAGAAGAAAUCGAAACAUGACAAAGAGCGCCGCGGCAGUCGAAGCAAGCACCAGCAAUCUGAUGAUGAUGAGGAUUUUGUUGAGAAAAAUUUGAAUGAAACCUUUAACCGGGUCAAAGCUUCGUAUCAACGACAGUGUUCCUGCAAAAAGGCUACCGGUGAGAUCGACAGUUGUUGUCACGAAAAAUGUAAUUUUCCGACACCCGAAGAGGUGUACAGUGCGAUGCAUACGGACAUGAAACAAAAACUGAAUGCCAUCGCAAAAGAAUUCCAAGAAGAGAAACGAAAACUGAAUGAAAUCAAAAAUUUGGACAAAGCCAAUCAUUCCAGGGAAUCAACACCCUCAUCGUCAUCAAAAUCAUUUUCAUUCGACAGCGAACAGUCCCCAAAAACGGAAUUGAUCUCACCGAACAUCAGUUCGUCGUCACAGUCGGAAACGUUUCCAGCGGACUCGUCGAAAAUGCACAGUGACACGGAAUCGAUGAGAUUCGACGAAGCUGACACAUCAUCCGCGUGCAAACAGCGUAAACUUGAUGUCGUUGAUUCGUCCUCACUGACUACAAUGAAAGCGAAAAGUUUGGUCGGUUACAUCUUUGCGUCGAAGAAGCGGCUCAAUGAUUCAAAAACGGACAACAGCUCAUCCAUGACUGACGAGACUAGCCAAUCGGAUAUAAACUCUAUAAAACAAGAAGUGCCCGACGAUGAGGAGCUGUCACAGGAAGCAUUAUUCGGCCGAACGAAACGAGACUAUAAAGUGUUGAAGUCGAAACACAAAAAAUCGAAAAGUAAGGAUCGUAAGCACAGGCGAUCAUCCGAAUCGAAGAGUAAGAAAAAAAGAAUCGAUGCGAGAUGUACACUGACUGGUGAGCAUUUGGACAGUCUAUCGUCUACGUCAAAGCAAAGAGUAUUGACCGCCAUGGGUGGAUUAUUUUACGCUGGAAGUCUCAGUCCGGUUCAACCACCAGAUGUUUAUUCAGUUACUUUGGAUGGUGAGCGUGGAAAUCGUCCACAUAUAAUGUCCAGAGAAGAGAUCCUAAGAGAUGCGAUUCUUGAGGUCGCUCCACAAUCAGUUUCCGAGGUUCCGCCAGGCUCUCGUUUAUGUGCGUAUUGGAGUCAACAGUAUCGUUGUCUGUAUCCGGGAACAUCAGCCCAUCCGAGUAGCAGUGACUAUGAAUUCGAUCCAAAGUUUAUUGCUGUCGAAUUUGACGAUGGAGACAGUGGUCGCAUUGCUAUCGAAGAUAUCCGAUACUUGCUAUCUGACUAUCCGAUUGUUGACUAUGAUCCGAAUCCUCUGCUGACAUUGGGUAAACGAAAGCAACGCUCCAGCCAUUCCGAAACGUAUGCAACAUCGGAAGGCACGAAUGAGCCAACCACCAGUACAAAUUGUUUUAGUAUUUUUAAGGAUAAAAUGAAAGCGGAAGGCAAAGAAGCGCAAAAGGAACGUCGUCGUCUCAAGAAAAUCCGUAAAGACAAGAACAAGGAAGAGAACAGUGUUGACAAAAAGCAUAAACAUAAGCACAAGUGUAGCGACGAGUUUUGCAAGCACCGGAAACAUAAGAAACGAAGGAAGCACAAGAAACACUAUCAUCGAGACGCUGAGUCGGCCGUCGAGGUCAAAAGCGAAGCGAAAGAUGACGAAAUUCUAUCGCAAGAGGACAAUGUAUCGCAGACAGAUGAUUCGAACGAACAGAACGAUGAGGUGUUUAAGCCGGAAAUUAAAGAAGAAACGAUGACUGAAGAAGAGGCCACUUCGUCAGUGACAGACAGUUCAGGAUCAAACUAUCAACCAACGAAAAAGAAAGAACGCCAAAACUCUGCGGAAAAUCAUAGCAAAAUUGCUGCAUUCUUGCCGGCAAGACAACUGUGGGCCUGGUCGGGCAAAGGAAUUAAACGAUCUGGAGCUAAAGGCCGUGGCAAAAAGCAAUUUUAUCGAACCAUCCAACGAGGAAGGGAAACAGUUAGCGUCGGCGACAGUGCCGUAUUCCUAUCAACCGGGCGACCCGAUCGACCAUACAUCGGCCGAAUCGAAUGCAUGUGGGAAACGUCAACGAAUAAUCGUAUUGUGCGCGUUAAGUGGUACUAUCAUCCGGAGGAGACAACCGGCUGUCCGAAACUAAUCUAUCCGGGAGGCCUAUUCCAAUCACCGCACGAAGACGAAAACGACGUUCAAACCAUUUCCCACAAAUGUAAAGUGUUGCCGUUCGAUCAGUACACCGAAAAGUAUGGACCGGAUCCGAAGCAAUACGAAUCCGUUUACGAUAACAAUGACACAUUUUAUCUGGCUGGCCAUUACGAUCCAACAUCGAUUGUGUUAACGCUGGAGAACCAUAUACCGUCGACGACAGCAGCCAAGACAAGUGAUAAGAAAAAGUGACAAGAAAGCAGAUUUCAAGACGCUCUAUUUGGUAGCGAACAGAAUUAAUAAAAAUGAAAAUUAUCAAAAAGAAAAUAAGAAAAAAUUGUGGUGAUCAUAACAGUGAUUUUAUUGAUAGAAACAGAGACUAUAAAAUAUAUCGUUGGUUAGUUUUGCUGAAGGAUGAAUUAAAUUAAGUAAUAACACGCUUUUCAAGUACUAGAUUUAUUAUAGCUUUAGCGAGUAACAGUUUGAAAAUUCUAAGAACUCUUUGAGGCAUCUAAUUUUACAAAACCGUGGGCAUCAAAU